CCAGCCAGUGCAGGGCUCAGCACAACCACACCGAACCAUCAGGAAAAUCCCCCGGGAAUGGAUUCGGCUCAUCCCCUUCUCCCCAGAAAGGGGUUCGACCCCCCGGAAGACCCAAUCCCGAGGGAGAAGAGGAGAUUUUUAUGCACCGAAUGUGGGAAGAGCUUCAACCACAGCUCCUACCUCCUCCGCCACCAACGCAUCCACUCCGGAGAACGGCCUUAUCCCUGUCCAAAAUGCGGGAAAACUUUUACCUGGAAUUCCCAUCUGAAUUCCCAUCAAAAAACCCAUACGGGGGAAAAACCCCAUUGUUGUCCCGAAUGCCAGAAAUGCUUCAGCCGUCGCUCCAACCUCCUCCGUCAUCAACGCCUGCACGGCAUGGAAAUUCCUUACGGAAAAAGCUUGAAGGCUGACAGUAUCCUGCAUUCCCGAAGCCGCCCGGAUGAUAUUCCCUAUAUUUGUUCCGAAUGCGGGAAACGUUUCAGCGUUCGCUCCAAUCUUUUCCGUCAUCAACGGAUCCACACCGGAGAAAAACCCUAUCGAUGUUCCGAAUGCGGGAAAAGUUUCGGACAAAGCUCGGAUCUCAUCCAGCAUCGGCGAACCCACACCGGAGAAAAACCCUUUUCCUGCUCGUUUUGCGGGAAGUCCUUUAACGAACGAUCCCAUCUCAUCCGUCAUCAAGGUCGGCAUACAGGAGAAAAACCCUAUAAGUGUCCGGAAUGCGGGAAAAGCUUUGUACAAAGCUCGGAUCUCCUUAUCCAUAGGCGAUCCCACGCCGGCGAGACUCCCUAUACGUGCUCCGAGUGCGGCAAACGAUUUAGGGUCAGUUCCAGCUUGAUCCGACAUCAAGGAUUACACACGGGAGAAAAACCCUAUAAAUGCCGGGAAUGCGGAAAAGGCUUCGGCGCUCGUUCCAUCCUCGUUAUCCAUCAACGGCUCCAUACGGGAGAACGACCCUACGCGUGUCCGGCUUGCGGGAAACGUUUCGUUCAGAGCUCGAACCUCGCUCGGCAUCGACGGAUCCAUACGGGAGAGAAACCGUAUCCCUGUCCGCUUUGCGGGAAGGGCUUCGGCGGCCGGGCGAGUUUGCUCAAGCAUCAGCGGCUUCACCAGUCCGAGGCGCCCAACACCUGCCGGGAAUGCGGGAAGAGCUUCCGUUGCCGCUCGGUGUUGGUGAACCACCAUCGGAUACACACGGGCGAACGACCUUUUGGCUGCCAGGAUUGCAGCCGCCACUUCAACCUGAUGGCCCACCGACGCCUGCACACCGGCGAAUGUCCCUACGCCUGCCUGGUGUGCGGGAACACCUUCAACCGCAGCUCCAGCCUCUCCGCCCACCGCCACAUCCACACCGGCGACAUGCCCUACAAGUGUCUCGAUUGUGGGAAGAGCUACCAUGUCAGCUCCUCCCUCCUACAGCAUCGGAAGACGCACAUGGGCGAACAACCUUACCGGUGCGAGGAAUGCGGGAAGAACUUCAGGCACAGAUCAACGUUGACCAUCCAUCACCGCCUGCAUUCGGGGGAGAGGCCCUACCAGUGCCCUGAGUGCCGCAAGAGCUUCAAGAACAGCUCGGAGCUGGUGCGGCAUUGGCGGAUCCACACCGGCAAGCGACCCUACGAUCGUUCCCAAUGCGGGCGGUGUUUUGGCGAUGGCUCCCAACUGGGGCGGCAUCAGCGGACGCACGCUGUCAAGCACAGGCAUCCCUACCCGAACUGUGGGAAGAGCUCUUCCAACCGUCCCGGGCUCACCAAACGCUGACGGGUGCUCGCCGGGGAGAAAGAUUACCGCUGCCGCGACUGCGGCAGAGGCUUCAACCAUUGUUCCAACCUCCUGGUUCACCAACAGUCCCACCUGGAGCAGAAACCCUAUAUUUGCCUGGAUUGCCCCAAAAGCUUCACCUGCAGCUCCCAACUCAUCCGACAUUGGCAGAUCCAUGGCGAGGAGAACCUUUAGGGUUGCGCCGAGCACGACAAGAGCUUUUGGCACAGCUCCAGUCUCAUCUCGUAUCACAAAAAAACACCAGCCGAAGCUGGGGACCAUCCCAGCGGGGACCAGCCCCAUCCUGGUGGCAUCUCAGACCUACCAACACAUCACGGUGGUCCCUGGUGGUAGCACUGAGGGGGUAACUGACCCAUCCACCCACAUCCCACCAGCUAUUACGAUUUUUUUUUCCCUUAUAUGUUUUUAUAUAUAAAGGCAGGCUUUUGAGGGGGGGGAUUUUUAAAAAAGGACACCCCCAUCGUCUGGUUUUUCACCUUAGA